AUGCCGAGUGAAUCAACCCUUCAAGUACUUCAGCGCAGUGGAUACAGGUUGCGGAGGACCCACGAGAAAUCCCGCAAUGGAUGCCUGAGGUGUAAGCAGCAGCGGAAGAAGUGUGAUGAAUUCAGACCCGGUUGCUCCAGAUGCACCAAGCGCUCUUACCGGUGUCGAUAUCCGUUCCCUCUCCGCGAUGGCCAUCUGUCAGAAGAGCCCGAGUCGGCCCAUUCGCCCGUCUCCGACCGGCAUGUCAUCUCCGGGCCUGAGUCGCCAGUCUCCGGCUCACAUUGUCGCUCUCGCUUAUCAGACCCGACGCCCUACAUUGAUGAACCCAUCACUUCACAUUCAAGUUCGAGUCCGGACGAGGGAUACCUUCCCGGCCCUCUCGACGCCACGGAGCUCAGCCUCUUAGGCCACUACCUCACCCACACCAGCCAGACCAUCCCCUUCGACGAGCUGGACCGCUACGCCCUGGCCGUCGGCGUCCCAAACCUCGCCUUCAAAUGCCCGGCGGUCAUGUCAUCCCUCCUAGCCCUGGCGGCCGCCUGCCAAUCCCACGAUCUGGCCAAACAAGCCCCCACCCCGCUCGACCAGCCGAGCCUCGUGCACAUCCGCGGUUUACUGGCCCUGGCCGAGCGCCACCACCGGGCCUCCCUCCGCCACAUCCAAGCCGCGAUGCAGAACCAGGAUUUCUACGACCAAGUCCUCGCCAAUGCCGCCCUCAUGCAGCGUGGCCAGCGCCUGCCGACGGAGCUGCUGCCGCAGCACUCCCAGUGGAUCUCGUUUACCCGAGCCGCACAUACGGCUUCUACCGCCGUGCUUAAUGAUAUUCGGCUCUUUCUCCCUAUCGUCGCGUCGACGUACCGUCAGGCGUUGGAGCGUCUACGCAGACGGGCGGAGACGACCGUCGCCCCGCUGCGACCAUCGGAUUGUGCGGCUGGGGCUGGGGCUGGGAUUCGGGCGCAGUGCCAGGCAUCCCUGCAGACCGUCUCCAUCCUUGAACAAUGCGCAACUGCGGCGUUGACGUCGAAAGCGAACGGUGGGACGGUUGAGAGCCCUCGCAGCCCGGCGUUAGCAUUACACCGAUGCGCCCGGGUCUCCCCUUGGGUGGCGCAGUACAUGGUCAGCGUCACCUCGAUGGGCGCCCCGCAGAUCCUCCGUCGCAUAAUCAUGUCGAUCCUGAAUCAAGCGCCGAGUGAGUAUCUGGGUCUGGUGCAGUCGGUGCUGGAUGCCCUGGCUGCAGAUGGAAUCGGGCAGGAUGCAGCGGUGGCGGAGGCGGGGUUGCUCUCUGCCCCGUAUGUCCUGGCGAUGGAUAUCUUCGCUCAUUGGCUGGUGUUGGUGAAGUUGUUGGAUGGGGUCUGGUGGCUGGGGGAGAUCGGGCAGUGGGAGAUCGGGCAGGUCUUGUCGGUCAUGAAGACGCGAAAUCCGCGGGGGCGGUUGGCGGAGAUGGGCGAGACUUGGUGGCCGGAGAGUAUGUAUCUGGUCAAGCGUGAGCUCAGGCCUAGUGACCGGUAGUGGCAGUUUGAUUCCUGGUUGAGGUGAUAUACUGUGAGCAGUACUUAAUGCUGCAAUUCGGAUAUAUGAGACCGCAAUUGGCCGGUUCCCACACUUGACAAAAGCACGUCGUUUACAGGAUUGAUGUGGUGACUACUACGUUGUUAUGAGUAUGAAGGGUGGCCAG